UGGCUCAAAUACAGCAUUACUGCAACAAGAUAUCACUCUUCACAGAAAACACUGAACCGUAGACAAGCUCAUCACAAAAAAAAGCUUUAAAAAGUCUGCGAAAUCCAGCUGAUAGUCCUUCUGGACAAGAAAAAGACUACAUUUACUUCUACUGCAUUAACUCUAAAGAUGUCCAGAUUGAUUGUCUUCGUUCUGGUUGUGACGUUGCAAGUGUGUUUGACAUCAUCCAACCCGUUGCCCACUUCUGCUCCAGACAAUCCUGGACUUCUUGAAAGAGCAAAGCAAGCGUACAGGGACACAAAGACUAAAGUUCUAAAUGUUGGCAGCACAGUGGCUGGUUUUGCUGGCAUGUACUAUGAGGAACAUCUCAAACCUGUAACUGACCCUUACGUGGAGUGGGCAAAAGAACGAGCAGGUUCCCUGUGGGAGAGAGUGAAAAACAGAGUGUCCACCUUCAGAUCAACCCAAGAUAAAUAAGCAGAGCAAUUCUUCAGGGAACAAUCCCAAUCAAACCUCACAGAAGUUUUUAGGAUAUAGAUAUUGUGGAAUUAGUACAUCCAAUGAAGUCAUGCCAUUGUAAUAAUGCACAACUAAACAAUAAAGCGCAACUGCGUUAUACCUAAACGUAUAUGAAGAUUAUAAAUUAAUAAUACGAUUAUUUUUCUGUAUGUUUUCAAAUGAAUAAACAUGGAUAAUGUCACAAACGAA